ACAAACACUGCACAUUCUCAGAUUUCUCAAUUCUGAACCACAGGGGUGUAUAAUUGGGUUAAUAGCCACCAUGGCAUACGCCCCGGUUCAAAUGACCCCUGUACCAUUUGAUAGUAGCAAGACACUACUGUCACAGGGUUCCGAACGAGGAGGCAUCUUCUUGACAUCUGAUGAUUAUGCCCUCUCAAAACAGAUUGAGCAGCUGCACAACCCCGAUGCUCGUAAUUUUGAUGUCAGACCCCUUUUCUAUCUUGUUGAGGAAAUCAUCAGCCGUGUUGAUGAUACUCAAGUUACUGGAAGUCGUCCAUUGACUGAGGCCAAAGGAAGCAGAGUUACCUAUGAAUCCCAUGAUGAUGUUCAUUCAGAAAUUCCGGAUUUGCCACUCCUUGUUGAUUGGAUAUCUUCUGAGAUGAACCGAAAUCACCCUGAUCAACACGAAACCACCCUCUCAGUGUUACAUAUUUUGCAACACUUAUCUUGGGAAGCCAAGGUGGUUAUUACAUUAGCAGCUGUUGCUGUAACUGUAGGAAGGAUCUGGCUUGUUAUCAAAAAUACAUUAACGAAUGAACUUGCAUAUUCGAUUUCAAAACUGCGCACAAAUGAUGUGGUUGCCAGAAACCUGUUCGAAGCCACUAAUCAUUUAACAAGGGUCAUACAAGAUACAACCAGAUGCAUAAUUGAGUUUGGAGAAAUUCCCGCUGUGUAUAUCACAGAUGAAGAUCCUGAAGUCAAGGCUGCAAUGAGUCAAAUUCCGAUAGCUGUUUAUUGGAUAAUCAGAAGUGCUGUGGCUGUUGCAAGACAAAUUACUCGAUUUUCUACCAUGAUCAACGAGGGAGUUGGAAUUAGCAAGGCUAAUUCAUCUGAGGUCUACAAGCUUAAAACUAUCAGCGAUCAUUACAGGAAAACCUUGACUAACUUGUAUAGAUUAAUAGAUGAGAAGGAGCAUAUUAAUUCUUAUAAUAUGACCAAGGAAAUCAUGAAUGAUAAAAUGCAUAUUGACAACAUGAAGAUCCUAAGGACCUUGAUCUAUGCUGAUGAUGAUAUGCCACCACUGUAUGAUGGUCCUGCAAAGAAAAGGGUCCCCCUUGAGAUUUUGAGGAGGAAGAAUGUGUUGUUACUCAUAUCAGGCCUCGAUAUCACUCAUGAAGAGCUAUCUAUUCUAGAGCAAAGUUACAUUGAAUCAAAGGUCCAUGAAUAUGAGGUUGUCUGGAUCCCAAUAAUUGACAGUUCUCUACAAUGGACUGAUCCCAUGAAAGUUAAGCUUGAGAACUUAAAAGACUCAAUGCCCUGGUACUCUGUUCAUAAUCCUUCAUUAAUCAGAAAUGCAGUCAUCAGGUUUCUGACAGAUGAUUGGAACUUUCAUGGUAAGCCUAUGCUUGUGGUGCUCGAUCCUCAGGGAAAAGUUCUGAGCCCGAAUGCAAUCCACAUGAUGUGGAUCUGGAAAAAUCAAGCUUUCCCGUUCACACACGCAAGGGAGGAGGCGCUUUGGGAGCAGGAAACAUGGAAGCUUGAACUGCUGGUUAAUGGUAUUGAUCAGAAAAUUCUAGACUGGAUCAGAGAAGAAAAGUACAUUCUCUUGUAUGGAGCUGACGACCUAACAUGGAUCAGACAAUUCACUAAUGAGGCACGAGCUGUAGCGCGAACUCUGCAAAUUCCUCUUGAAAUGGUCUAUGUUGGUAGGAGCCAUACCAAGGAGGAGGUGCACAAAAUUUGUGCAUCUAUAAUAAUGGAGCAGCUGAGCCAUUGCUGGCAAGACCCAACCUUUGUUUGGUACUUCUGGACAAGAAUCGAGAGCAUGAUCUACUCGAAGAUUCAACUAGGUAAUGUCCAUGACCAUGAAGAUACCAUAUGGCAAGAGAUACAAAAGCUCCACAGUCAUGACAAAUCACACAGCGGAUGGGUAGUGCUAGCCAAAGGCUCAAGGAUCAUUGUCCAUGGUCAGGGUAAGGUGGCCAUGGUGACUCUUGAAGAACUCGAGAAGUGGAAGGAACCAGCUAUAAGAAAUGGAUUCGAUGUGGGGUUCGGAAACCAUUACACAAAGCUUCAUAUGGAGGAAUAUCCAUGUCAUAGGAUUCUGUUCCCCUCUGGUAUGAGAAUUCCAAGAAGUAUGCCUUGCCCUGACUGUCGUCGCCCUAUGCAUAAAAACGAAUCAUUCAUCUGCUGCCAUGAAGAUCACAAUGCUGAAGUUGCUGAAGUUCUGGCUGCUUUAACUGAUGUUGAUCAAUAUGAGGCCUAAGUUACAAAUUUACUAUGUUUAUUUGAUUUUUAAUUUGUCUUGUAUUUUAAUACGAAUAGUACUAGAAUAAAUCCUAAAGAGGUGAGGUGACACAUUUGCAUUGGUAUCAUGUUGUUGCAAAUGGGUUAGUUCAAUCUUGUAGUUUUAUAUCAUGUAUUAAUGUAUUCUCCAUUUUAGUAAUGCUCUUUGUGUCCCAAAUAAGUUUUUACACAUUUAAUUUAUUUUUCUUUGGGAAUAUUGUUGCUGAAAAUUGUUAAACCAAGGAGCUGACAUUACCUUAAUUUUUUUUUUUUCUUCAAUUUAUUUAAUAUAAAUGGCCUAUCAUCUAAUUGUAAUUCAAUUUUAAAGUUAGAACAAU